AACAUGCAACGCGUUACGGUAUUCGUCGUCGCGUCCACGUCGAGAGCUGGAUGUGUGUCAGCUGCAGCAAAAAGUGAUCGAAAUCAUCUUCUCAUUAAUAACACGUCUCUUCAACUAGAAAAACGUCGAACGGCAUAAUAUAGACCAAUUUGACGUUUGGAGCAGAUUCCCAAGAAUUUUCUUUUCUCAAAAUGGCACACACCAUUCUACUCAUCCAGCCAGGGCCAGCCGAGACAAGAACGUACUCAGAUUAUGACUCCGUUAAAGACUGCAUGGAAGGAGUGUGCAAGAUCUACGAAGAACACCUGAAGCGGUGCAAUCCCAACAGCCCGUCCAUCACCUACGACAUCGGCCACUUGUUCCAAUUCAUUGAUGACCUCAAAGACCUCAGCUGUCUAGUGUUGGAUAAGAAGACCAUGGCGUACCUUCCUUGCAACAAAGACUGGGUUAAAGAGAAGAUCUAUGUACUCUUACGGCGGCAAGCCCUCAAAUGAUGAAGCAUAAUGACCAUUAAGCACGGAUUUGACAGGAAGACAAUGUCGUAUCGUCCCCACAACAAAGACUUCUUCAAGGAGCAAAUCUACAAGCAGCUGAAAGACCAGGCAUCGAGAUAAGAUCAGGGGAGCAUUGCUGGACCAGUCAGGAGUCGUCUCACUCAUAAUCCUGGAAAAAGUUCAAGAAAACUUCCCCACAUACAACUGAUAACAUCUCAGUCAAUAAUACCUGGGUACUCUGUUGCAUGAACAGCCCUGCGCGUUGAAGCAGUGGCUGACAAGGUUCCCCAUAAGAUUCCCUAGAGCAAUGGAAAGUUUCUUUUGAACAAUAUAUAAACCCAAUCAGGGAAAUUUUCCCUGCAAGUUUUUUUGGGUAUUUUUAUCGAGAUGUCUACUUUUAGGCAUGUAUUCAUUCAUCUAAAAACGUGCCGCAUGUAUCUCAAAAUUCAUGAGCAAACAGAAAGAGAGAGUGAAAGAAAAGAAAAAAACCCAUAAAACUAAACUUGUGCCUGACCUUGAUUGAAAUCGUGUAAAUAUUUAAAAUUCCCGGUGACUGCCUAAUUUUUCUGAGUUACAAAAUUAAACAAAUUUAAACUUGGCUCGACAGAAUUCUUCCAGCAACUGUUUUUCGUUUGGCUUUGUUUUUCAUAAGGAGUAACAUGCUCAGUAUGAUAAUUUCUCUUUUAAUGGUGUCAUAAAUGCUGUAGAAUUAAAAAAUGAAGUACUGUUGCAAUACCACUGAUGUUCAGAUGAACAUGAAGAAGUCUUUGCUAUGGGGAAGCUAGCACCAUAUUCUUUUGUACAUAUUUAUAAUUUAGUCUUUUUUAGAUUUUUUUGUAGCUAUAGUGGGUUGUAUGUACAGGCAAAAUAUGUGGUACAACUGCAUUAAGGGGUAGUUCUGAACAGUAAGAUUUACAAUUGCUUUUUGAAAAUUUCUUGAAAAAAAAAUUGCAGGCAAUCUGAGAUUGACAAGAGUUUUUGUACUGGUAUGCAUCUAUCUCCACUGCAAGAUUGUUGGCACAGUUUUUUACUUGUCCAUGGCUGUGUAAGAACUUAGAAGUUGUUUAGUAUUGGUACCUGUUGCAAUUUUCAGGCAAUGCUGUUCCCAUUCUUGUGAUGCAACCCAGCCUUGGUCACAAGACUGGAUUCCAAUUUUUAUUGCCCUGUUUUGCAGCCAGUCCCAUGACAACGGUAAAGUUGCCGCGGCAGUGGAGGUCUCUAUCAACAAGAUGAAUCAAAUCCAGUCUUGGUAAUAUUGGCAGCGCUACCCACGACACACCGAGGAUACCUCAAGCCCAUGCAUUAGCUUGAAUCACACAGCAAGGAACAGCGCGUGAGGUAUGCUCAGAAUUUCCUGGGUAGCGUUGUCAAUAUUGCCAAGACUGGAUUUGAUUCAUCUUGAUAGUGACCUCGCUUGUCACGGACCGGCUGUAUAACGGAAAUAAAAUCAAAACCCAGUUUUGGACCAAGACUAGAUGAGACCUGUUUUGCAACAAUCGCAAUAUUCCUCUAAAUGUCAAUGAUAUAAUCAGUGAUAUAGUCAAGUCCAUCACAAGUCCCUGCAAGUCCAUCACAAGUCCUCCAGUCCCAAUUCAACUCACAAGCUAUUCAAAUGAGCUUUGACAAAGGCAUUCCUUUGUUAUUGUUCAUCCACUUUUACUUGUGACUGGACUUGUGUUUGACUUGUGACUGGACUUGUGAUUUACUUGUGGAUGGACUUGUCAUGGACUUGUGAUGGACUCAUUUUACACUGUGAUAUAUCGGAUAUACAACAGCUUAUGAUGUCACAACUCACAACUAAUUGCACUUUCUCCUUUUUUUUUUUGCUUUCCACACUAAGUAGAAUUUCUCUGGUGGGUGAUUGUACUUGCAUCUGUGCAGUAAAAUUCACUUGCUCGCUGAGAUUUUUGGUUAGUCUAAAAAUAAACUUUUAAGUGCAAGUUUAAAAGGUCUUUGUCGUGACAUUUGAGGAAAUAUUUUUUCUGCUGACUUAAGUUAAGUAACUCCAAAAUGUGUGUGUAACCCUUAUCAAUUCAAACAGUUGUGCAGAAAUUAAAAUUCAUGCAAGGCAGAGCCAAUAAAUACAUCUGAAAUUUGGAAGUCUGGGUGAAUGUUGCGACAAGAUGUCUAAAUAAUGCAAUGUUUUGGGUUUUUUUUUAAAUUGUCUCUGGAAUAUGUAGUUUUUUGCAUAUAUAUUGUUCAAGUACAGACAUAAUAUUCAUAAUAUUUUAUAUCAAAUACCUUGCAAUCGUUUCACCUUGUUUCCUGCCAAAAAAAAGAUUCUGUCAUGACCCAGUUCAAAACACUUCAUGGAUCUACACUGUGGAAUUGUGGCUUGCCAAAAAUUACUUCGCCGAGUAACCAUUUUCCUAACUCAAAUCAGUAACGGUUGACAAAUAUAUUUGAUCAGUGUAAGUAUUUAUUUGUUGGCCAAGCAAUUUUCUGAUCUUCAGACUUUUUGAGGGCGUCAUGUUUUCCUGACAUACUUCUAGGGAAAAAGGGAUUUUGUUUUUCCCCCGUUUUGUACUUAAUUAGCUUGUGCUGUACUUCUUAUGUUACAUUUAUUACUUUUCACAUUGUUAAAUUUCUUUUACUUGUUUUGUCUCUGUACAUAUUUCCACAUGGAGAAAUGACAGUUCUUUUCAGUGUUUAAGUAGAAUAAAAUUUUGAUCUUUUUUGGAAAAAAA